CGGGAGAAAGAUUCAGCCUCCUCUGCCGGAAGUGUGGCAGAUUCGCGGCGGCGGCGGCGACGCAGCCAUGGCGGCGGCCUACGAGCAGGUCCAGAAAGGGCCGCUGAAGCUGAAAGGCGUCGCGGAGCUGGGCGUGACCAAGCGGAAGAAGAAAAAGAAAGAGAAGGACAAGGAGAAGCUGCUGGAAGCGAUGGGUACGAGCAAAAAGAGCGAGGAGGAGAAGCGGCGCGGCCUGGACAAGCGGACCCCGGCGCAGGCAGCCUUCGAGAAGAUGCAGGAGAAGCGGCAAAUGGAGAGGAUCCUGAAGAAAGCUUCCAAGACUCACAAACAGAGAGUGGAGGACUUCAACCGGCACCUGGACACACUGACCGAGCACUAUGACAUUCCCAAAGUCAGCUGGACCAAGUAGCCCACUAUAUUGUGGCCGGGAUGCCCAGGUGCCCUGCGCUGGCUGCCCUUUGACCCUUCUGGAAGAUGAUUAAAGCAGCCACCUCACUCUC